CUGGGAUUACAGGCUUGAGCCACCGCGCCUGGCCUACCUAUGUAUUCUUAAACACAUGUAUAGAACAUGUACUAUGUGCCAAGCUCCUUUCUAGACCAUAAGAUACCUCAGUGAACAAGCCAAGAAAGUUCCAUUGUAGUGGGAGAACAGAAAUAUACAUACAAACACAUAAAUAAUAUCACGUGAAGAAAUUAUGAUGAAAAUGGGGAUGUAAUGAAAAUCAGAUGAGGCAGGCAAUGUUAGAUGUGAGGUCAGGGGAGGCCUCUGUUGGGAGAUCUUUGAGCUAAGCUCAGGAGGAUUUGGAGAUACGUGAAGAUUGGAGGAAGGGCAAAGGCCCUGAGAUGAGGAUGAGGGUAAUAUAUUUGUGGGAAAGAGAGCCAGUGUGGCUGGAAUAUAGUAGUUGGGGUGGAGCUGAUGGGCAGGGGCCAGAUCAUGCAGGGCCUUGAAGACCAUGAUAAAGCACCUGGAUUUCACCUUAAGUGUGAUGUUGGGCCAUGGAAGGGUUUUAAGCAAGGGAAUGACCCAUGAGUCAUGUUUUUAAAUGAUGGCUGCUAUGGAGAAUAGGCUGGUGGGAAGUUGAUGGUAGGGUUGGGCGUGGAGGGUUGGCAAGAGAGGUCGCAAAUGUCCAGGUGGGAGGCUGUUUCAGUAAUAGGGUAGUAAACCUGGUGGUGUGAAUUAAAAUGCUUAUGGUGGAGAAAGGGAGUAGAUUUAAAAUGGUAGUGGUAGGUCUGACAGGAUUUGCUGAUGGAUUGAAUGGGGGGGGGUAAGGCAAAGAAAGAGAACUCCAGGAUGAUUCCCAGGUAUGUGGCUAAGCAACUGGGUGGUGUGACUGUUUACGGAGGUGGGGAAGAUGGAGGAAGCUGUGGAAGUGACUGCCUGGACCAGGCAGGGGCUGCUGCUGAGAGGUCAGAGGCAGGACUGCAAAGAGUCUAGAUCAGGAUGUGCUGCCCUGCUCAAGCCCUGCCCCUACUCCCUGGAUCAUAGUAGAUGUUACUGGUCAAUUUUGGCACUCUUUAUCAAUGAGCCCAGAGUCGGCCUCAGAAUCUUUCUCAGGACCAUCUUGGCAUAAACUGUGCAGGUUGUGUCUGUCCUUCACACAGGUGCCAGCCAGAGGUGAGAGUCCUGGUCUGGUUUCAACUGCAUCAGGAGGGAGCACCUUUAUCUAUUUUUUUUUUGCCUGGAGAGGGUCAACUUUUCCUAAUUUGUAGAAAGGUGUCCAGUGAACUCGUUGGGACUCUACCUAAUUAUCCUCCAUCAGUGCAUGAGAUAAAACCUAUUUGCCAUUCAUAGUCCUCUGCAGUGUCCAUGUCAGUUACAGUUGCUGUAGCCAUAUUUCAAGUGCUAGAUGGCUACUGAACAUUUCCAUCACCGCAGAAGGUUUUAUUGGACAGAGCUGGUCUAGGUAUGUAAAUGUUUAAAUUCUGCAUCCUGCCCUCCUCCAAAAAAUGUAAUUUUUCUCUGUGGGAGGCCCGUUCAAGUUCUGGGGCAGAGGAGAGGCUUAGUUUCACUUUGGUCACUCUCCUUUAGGAGAGUGGCUGAGGGUGCUGUGUUCUUUCUCAACCAAGUUCAGCAGGUCCUCAAAAGAGAGACCCAUUGAUGUUUCAGGGAAUGUUAAGAGAGAGAGUCAUGGAAGAGUAAAUCCCAGAAGACUUUCUGGAGGAAGUGACUCAAGCUGCAAGUAAAGGGAGCUUGUUUUAAAACAUGUGCUAGGCCUGGGUAGAGAUGAGACUUUCCCAUAUAAUUCUCAAACAGUGCUACGAAGGAGGUGGAAUACUCCCCAUUUUACAAAUCAGGCUCCAGGGGUCAAAUUCUCUGGGCUUGUCAAGUCCCUAAGCCAGGAUUUGUACUUAGCCCUGGUGGAAAUUCUGAAGGAAACAGAGGGUGGUGAGAAGCAGAGCAGGAAGUCAGAGACAGAAGAGAGUGGGAGGGGUGGAAGGGAUAUCAACAGGGGGCCUAAUGUGUGGGGGGCACAUGACUCAUUCUCUAGCCCCUUGGGAUCUGACCCAGGUCCAGCUGACACCCAGCUCUGGGCUCUUUCCCAGGGGAGCCUGGGGGAAAUGAUGCCCACUUGGGGAGAGGGUGCGUUUGGGUGGGGAGGGGGCAACAAAGAACUAUCCCUGGGGUGGGGAAACGCUAGAAGCACAAGGGUCCAGAUCCUGAGCCAGGAUUCCCAGUUCCUCUGCGUGAAAAGGUGGGAGCCAGUUUCCUAGGGCGCUCCCGGCCUUGGGCCUUGGGAGAGUGGAUUUGGGGCUGGAGAGCAGUAAGGAAAUAGAGGAGGUGUCUGGGCUUGUGGUCCCGCUCAUCCAUGCUAGGCCCAGCGACCUCCCUAGGGCCCCAGCUCUCCUAAUGUAUACACUAUCCGCCCUCCAUACUCUCAGGCAAGGGGUCAACUUGGAGGGCAAACGCUACGCGGGAGGGGCCUCCCGGAGCUGGAGCACGUCGUGAAGGCCAGGAGCUUUUCCAGGGCGGUGGGGCCCACUCCCGGAGGUCCCUUCCUGCCGCGACGGAGUCUCGGUGGAAGCACCGCCUUGAGCCAAGCCCAACCAGGUGCCCGGAGGGACCUCCAACGCCCUGGUACCCUUCAGUUGCUCUCGCGGCAAUUGGGAGCUGAUGUCACCGGCGCCCUGAUCGCUGUGGCUGGAGGCGGUGCAGCUACGCCGGCGCCCUGGCUCCUCCGAUUUCCCGCGGCCCUCGGGCCCCGCCGGCUCCCCAGGCCAGUGCAGCUCUCUGGACUUCGCGCGCCUGUGCGCGCCUCUCGCAAUGGACAGGGCUGGGGAAGGAUCCGUGAGUGCUGGGACUGGGAUGAGACUAGCCAAGAUGGGGGUUGAGGACACCUCUGUGUCCCCUUCCUGCCGGGCUCACCCAUUUGGGAUGUUUGUGGCUGAAGCUGGGUGCAGACUAGGGUGGGGGUUGGCAGGCAGUGUAGAACCCUGGUGCAGACAAAACUAGACUGGGAGGACCUAUGUAGUCUGAAAGGGCUUCUUGGUGGAGGGACUUUGGGAAAGGGUUGGCUUAUUACAGAAGGAAAACAGGUGGAUGGUGAUGGGGGAAGGUGAUAAAAGUCCGGCCUAGCACGGUGGCCCAGAAAAUAGCCAAGGAAGCAUCUGUAGGCAGGCAGGACAGGGGUUUUAGAAGAGGGAAAUUAGGGUGUUCAGGUCUGAGAGACUUGAAGGCUGGAGCCACUAGGGACAGAUACAAGGGCACAGGGUAUGGAGGAGAGCUGGUAUGAGGAAAAAGACAGGUUUGGGGUGGUCACAUUAGUUCCCCUGUUUCAAAUGGGUGGCUCGACUUGUCUCCUGAACCAAUCUGUACACUGUGAUGGAGUUAGUCUUCCAACUCCUCUCUGAAGCUUUCCUUGAUCACCUCAGCCAGAAGCAAACAGAGUCUGUUUCUUCUGAGCAUGAUUGUGCCAUGACAUGGCACUUAUGGAGCAGCCAUUAAAGUUGUCAUCUCUCAUCUCCCAGCUGGAUUUUAAAUGUACAGCCUUGCAGAGCACAGGAAUGCUCCAGACACGGAGUUGCAGAGGAAGCUAGACCAUGAGAUCCGGAUGAGGGAAGGGGCCUGUAAGCUGCUGGCAGCCUGCUCCCAGCGAGAGCAGGCUCUGGAGGCCACCAAGAGCCUGCUAGUGUGCAACAGCCGCAUCCUCAGCUACAUGGGCGAGCUGCAGCGGCGCAAGGAGGCGCAGGUGCUGGGGAAGACAGGCCGGCGGCCUUCUGACAGUGGCCCGCCCGCUGAGCGCUCCCCCUGCCGCGGCCGGGUCUGCAUCUCCGACCUCCGGAUUCCACUCAUGUGGAAGGACACAGAAUAUUUCAAGAACAAAGGUGACUUGCACCGCUGGGCUGUGUUCCUGCUACUGCAGCUGGGGGAACACAUCCAGGACACAGAGAUGAUCCUGGUGGACAGGACCCUUACAGACAUCUCCUUUCAGAGCAAUGUGCUCUUCGCUGAGGCGGGGCCAGACUUUGAACUUCGGUUAGAGCUGUAUGGGGCCUGUGUGGAAGAAGAGGGGGCCCUGACUGGUGCCCCCAAGAGGCUUGCCACCAAACUCAGCAGCUCCCUGGGCCGCUCCUCAGGGAGGCGUGUCCGGGCAUCGCUGGACAGUGCUGGGGGUUCAGGGAGCAGUCCCAUCUUGCUUCCCACCCCAGCUGUUGGUGGUCCUCGAUACCACCUCUUGGCUCACACCACACUCACCCUGGCAGCAGUGCAAGAUGGAUUCCGCACACAUGACCUCACCCUUGCCAGUCAUGAGGAGAACCCUGCCUGGCUACCCCUUUAUGGUAGUGUGUGUUGCCGUCUGGCAGCUCAGCCUCUCUGCAUGACUCAGCCUACUGCAAGUGGUACCCUCAGGGUGCAGCCAGCUGGGGAGAUGCAGAACUGGGCACAAGUGCAUGGAGUUCUAAAAGGCACAAACCUCUUCUGUUACCGGCGACCUGAGGAUGCAGACACUGGGGAAGAGCCGCUGCUUACUAUUGCCAUCAACAAGGAGACUCGAGUCCGGGCAGGGGAGCUGGACCAGGCUCUAGGACGGCCCUUCACGCUAAGCAUCAGUAACCAGUAUGGGGAUGAUGAGGUGACACACACCCUUCAGACAGAAAGUCGGGAAGCCCUGCAGAGCUGGAUGGAGGCUCUGUGGCAGCUUUUCUUUGACAUGAGCCAGUGGAAGCAGUGUUGUGAUGAAAUCAUGAAAAUUGAAACUCCUGCUUCCCGGAAACCACCCCAAGCACUGGCAAAGCAGGGGUCCUUGUACCAUGAGAUGGCUAUUGAGCCGCUGGAUGACAUCGCAGCGGUGACAGACAUCCUGACCCAGCGGGAGGGCGCAAGGCUGGAAACACCCCCACCCUGGCUGGCAAUGUUUACAGACCAGCCUGCCCUGCCUAACCCCUGCUCGCCUGCCUCAGUGGCCCCAGCCCCAGCCUGGACCCACCCCCUGCCCUGGGGGAGACCCCGAACCUUUUCCCUGGAUGCUGUACCCCCAGACCACUUCCCGAGGGCUCGCUCGGUUGCCCCCCUCCCACCUCAGCGAUCCCCACGGACCAGAGGCCUCUGCAGUAAAGGCCAACCUCGCACUUGGCUCCAGUCACCAGUGUGAGAGAGAAAGGUGCUGGCAUAGGAUCUGCCCAGAAGAGAAAAUGACCCAUGCACAGUCGGGCUCUGGAUACGGCGCUGUCUAUAGCAAGCUGGCCAGUCUGGCCUCCUGUUCCUCUGCUGGACCUGGGGUAGGCUGCAGGGGUGGGCAGGAGCCCCUCUUAAAUUGUGGUUGCCAUGGUACUGAGGGACUCAUUCCUGGGGCUGGCUGGGACCUCCCUAAACCCUUCCUGGAAGAAAACUGGAACCAACUCUGCCCUACCUCCCUGCACUAACCAGCUUUGAGGAUGGCACUGAAGAACCCUUGGAGGAAACAUACCUCCCUUGUGACUCCCACAUCAACCAUUAAAGCUAUUUAACAGCAGCCUUCACCUGGCUCCUGAGGA